AGACCUAACAUAUACGCGUCUGUCGCAAGGCACGAGCUGGAUAUAUUCGCAAAGAGAAUUGGAAAAGGAAGCAAGGGCUUCAGGGAAAACUAUAUCCAACGACUGAUCCUCUUUACUCGGAAGUAUCUACCUUCGCGAUAACGCACCGUCCCGUCCCGUCCUGGGCUAGACAUCGAAACCCAUAUAUUAGAAUUUCAGGUGGAACAAAAUCUGCGGUCUCCGAAAUGCAUCUGUCGUCCAUCCUCGCAACCGCGCUCCUGCCCCUGUUGGCAGUCGCUGAGACCUCAACUACGACGUCAACGUUGACGUUGACCAAGUACAUCACCAUCUCCAAGGUCUCUACCUCCAGCGUGUACAGCGCGAAUUCGACCUCGUUCUACGCAGCGACUGGCACUAUUUCUUCUUCCGCCACUUCUUCGUCCGCCCUCUUCGUCCCGACUACGACAACGGGCGCCGACGGCACGCCUACAACUGCUGCGCCCGUUGUCAGCCCUACCAUCGACAACAACAGUGGGGUGGCACUUGGAUCCGCACAGAUCGCGUUCGCUGGUGUGGCUGGCAUGCUGAUUGCAGCGUUGUUGUAAAUUUACGCUGUACCUACAGUGUAUAUCUUACAGCCUCACCUCCGCCAGCAACGCCAGCCUAACCCUCCUUAAUGUGGACAUUUUAACCUUCGCCUUUAUUUAUUCUAUCAAACCGCUGCAGCACUCUUCGUUUCCAGAGCUGUCCGCCUACAUCACAUGCGACAAGACGAAUGAUUUACGAUAUACAUCAUCAAAAUUGACAGCGUUUCGCUUUCCAUCCUCAUCCCUGCGUCAUUCCCGGCUUUCUCUGCACACCUGUCUCAGGUUGCAGCAAGCCGAUGAUGAACCG